UUGUCAGAAAACAUUGCUGUUACCAGACUGGCCGGGAAAAUUUUUACUUUCCGUCAUUUUUCACUCUCGACGUGCCUUGUAGCAUAUUAAAAAAUCGAAUGAAGUGUGGAGCCCUAGUGGGAAUAGGGGCUUAUCAAAUUGUUUUCUGAGAAACGCCCGAAAAUCCGCUCCUGUAAACCACAGUAAAAAGGCCUAAAUGAAACUUGGCGUUGCCAGACUUUGCGAUACAUUCAAUGUGCGAACAAGAAGACGAAAAUCAGCUGUUUUUUGUUUUGGUCCAGAAAAUUUGAGAAAUUUUUGAUAAUGAUUAGAAAACUUGUUUUUAACGCGAAAGUUGUAUUAAGACAGCAACCCAAAUUUCAUCAUGUAAAGCACCUAGCAACCAAAGCCGAAAAUCCAAAAAUUGUGCAACUGGAACAGAUUCACAUAGAUGAAGCCGUCAAGCUGGAGCCCACUCUGUCCAUAUUCACACCCGAGGUGUGGCGACGUGCACAUGAAACCUUUCAGAAUCACGGCUUAGAGACGGUAAACUUUCUGAGGAUUGUUACUGGAAAUCCGGGCGUUCUAAAGCGAACGCCAGACAGGAUAAUCAGCAGCUUGGAGAUCUGGCGAGCCUGUCAAUUUGGCGAGAACCUUCUCCACCUGCUUCUGACAAAGUAUCCCGAGCUGCUGGACGUCAGCGACUCCCACCAGCUACUCUCGCACAUUGGUUUCCUGAAGAGUAGAGUCUCCACAAGCAAGAAUGUGUGGAAGUUGCUGAUGAACAGCCCGGAUGUGAUAGCCCAACCAGAGGAAGUCGUCGAGGAGAAGCUGAAUCUUAUGGUGGAUGUAAUGCGCAUUGAAGUCCCCGAAAUUGUCAAGUCCUGUGCCCUGACCCUGCCAUUCGAAAAGCUGCGUUGCCGCCACGCUUUCCUUUUGCGAUUGGGUUUGUUCAAGCCGCGUCCGCUAAAGGCAGAUCCCGAUGAGCCCACGACAAACCACAAGCUCUACCAGAUUACGGACACUUCGGAAAAGACCUUUGCAACAAAAAUCUGUCACGUAACUCUGCCGGAGUUCGAGGCUUUCAAGGAACUGUACGCGAAAGAGCUGGAGGGAAAGUCCAGGCGGUCCAAGGAGGCUGAAGAUUUAAGUGAUGAAGAGGAUUGAUCUGAGUUAUAGACAAUAAAUUGUUAAAUUCUAAAUAACUGCUUAACAAGAAUCCAGUGAACUUUA